AUGUUGGGUCCUGAGAUAGUGGAAGAAACCACCGAGAAAAUAAGGUUCUUAAAGGAGAAAAUGAAAGAAGCACAGGAUCGUCAAAAGAGUUAUGCAUAUAGACGAAGGAAACAUAUUGAGUUUGAAGUUGAAGACUUGGUAUAUCUCAAGAUGAUCACAUUCAAAGGGAGGGCUAGAGUUUCUGGCAGAAGAAAACUAGACCCUAGGUACUUGGGUCCGUUCAGAAUCAUAGAAAUAGUUGGGGCUGUGGCUUAUAAGUUGGAACUGCCACCAGCCAUGGAUGCGUUCCACAACAUGUUUCAUGUGUCCCAACUCCAAAAAUGUUUGUCUGAUCAGGACAUAGUCCUACACGAGAUCCCUACAGAUUUGGGUAAGAAUCUGACUCUAGAGACGAGGCCGGUCUGCAUAGUGGAUCGAACAGAAAAGACAACAAGGAAGAAGACCAUUCCCAUGAUCAAGGUCGUGUGGGAAUACAAUGGCAAGGAUGUAAUCACUUGGGAAACAGAGGCAAGGAUGAAGGCCGAGUAUCCUGAGUGGUAUGAUCAGGUUGUCCCCGAGGAAACACAUGAUGAGGAUUCGAGGACGAAUCCAUCCCAAGUGGGGGAGACUUCUCAUGUCCCUAGUCCGAGAUAG